AUGAACAACACUUCAGAACAUUCUUCUUCAUCCAAUAAUACAAGUCUAAACUUUUCAUUUGAAACCUUCAAAAAUCAAUUUAAUUUACAGAGUGAUGAGCAACAAGCCUAUUCAUUGUAUUUAAUUUAUUUAGAUAUUGUUUUUGUCAAGAAGAUUCCAAGACAAGAAUUUAAUCGUGUGCUUUCUAUUCAUUCCUACUCAUUCAAUCAUCAUGCUCCCUCUUCCUCACCGUUCACCAUUUACUAUCUCUAUGCGCUCUUUAAUAUUCCAAACAUGUCCGGUAUUAAUGAUUUGAGUGAGUUGAAAUCUCUCAACGAUAUUCACUGUGAGCCUAAAUAUUAUGUAAUUGUACCAAUUACCAUGUCAGGUCAUUCGGGUAUGAUGAGUAUUCGGCAUUAUCAUGAAUUGAUUGAAUCCAUCCGAAAAGAACAACAACAAUUUGAACCAUUGGAUGGUAUUGUUAUGUGUUUCAUUGAUGGAGAUGGUACUUUGUUGUACUAUCAAAUGGAUCAAAGAAGAAUAGACUCGGAAGGAUACGGCCGAGGCUUUUCAUGUUGA